CCGAUAUGCAAUGUUAACCCGAGCACGCACGGGCUAAAGUCUAGUGUCUAUAAAGACCCAUCAGGAAAUCAAAGAAAAUACCUUCAUUGGUGAUAAGUGAUGUGAACCUGCAAUAUCAUGUCUGCUUUUGCCAAGCUCUCCUUCGGCGCCUUCAUUACUGUUCAAAUAUUUUUAAUUUGUGUAUGGCUAUUCUACUAUAGAAAAAACACCUACAAUUUUCAACAAUCAUUCAACAGCAAUGUUUAUCCAAAGUCUUCAAAGGCGGAAAAGAGGCACAAGACGUCCACUUAUAUAAAACAUGAUGUAAAGACGGACGACAGAAAUAAAAACUUCACCCAUUCAGAGUCGGUAGAGACGGAAGUUGGAAAUAAGACGUAUACUCUGCCAACUUCAUACUUCAAGGAUAAAACAAUAACAACCACAAAUAAAGAAGAAGAUUCACUUACGAAAAAAUGUCCACUUAUUCCUUCCGGGUUAGUUGGGAAACUGAAUGUCGAUAAGACACCACAGACCAUGGAGGCCGUUGAAAAGAAAUAUGAAACGAUGAGGGACGGCCAAUAUAAGCCAAAAAACUGUACAGCUCGACAGAAAGUAGCCAUACUCAUUCCAUUUCGUGACAGAGAAAUUCAUUUAGGCAUUUUUUUGAACCACAUGCAUGCCUUUCUCAUGAAGCAACAUCUCGAAUAUGGAAUCUAUGUCGUGGAACAGACUAAAGGUCUGGAAUUUAAUCGAGGGUUUUUGUUCAAUGUUGGAUAUAAAGAAGCACUCAAGGACUCUGACUACGAUUGUUUUGUGCUUCACGAUGUGGAUCUCCUCCCGGAAAACGAUCACAACAUUUACACCUGUCCUGUUGACCAACCAAAACAUUUAGCUGUUGCCUCUGAGAAAUGGCAAUACAAGUUACCAUACACGUCCUAUUUUGGUGGUGUUUCGGCCUUGACACGAGAACAAUAUGAAGCUGUCAAUGGGUUUUCAAAUGAAUUCUUUGGUUGGGGUGGUGAGGAUGAUGAUUUUCAUAACAGAGUAGCAUGGGCUAAAAUGUCCGUUUAUAGAUCAAUAAGCGGUGUCGGACGAUAUUCUGCUCUUGAACACAAACCUGGUGCUGCAAAUCCGAAAAGGAAUGAAAUCAUAAGUAAAGGAAAAGAACGAAUGUGGAAAGACGGGCUGAAUUCCCUGAAAUAUAAAAUACUACAAAAGACUUACAAAAAACUUUACAUUCAUAUCAUUGUGAAAAUCCUUUAAAACGAUUUCAAAAGAUAUUGUGUAUGUGAAAACGAAAAGAACCAAUCUUAUCCCUGACAACCAAUGGAAGAUUUUCAAUACCAACAUACAAAUGAACAAAAAUAAGCUGAAUUUGGAUCAUUAGUAAAAAUGGUCAGAAAAGGUUUUUCAACAUCAUUCCAACAUCAUGUCGAAUAACACCAACUACAAUAUCAAGUCAACUACCUACAGAAGUAUAGUUUGUAUAAAGAAAAAAAUAAAAUUUAUACAAUUGAUUAGAAAGAAAUAAAAUAAGAAAGUAAUAUUUUAAUAUAAUAUAGUAUAUAACUGAAAUAGGAUCUUUUGAUGAAUAUGAGACUAAAUAAAGAACACUCAGGAAGAAUGCACAGCAAAUAACCAUGCAUUGACACAAAAUUCCUUUGAAAUAAACCCGUCAUAGACUCAGGCACUGCAUUGGAUGGGGAGAGGGAAUGGCAAUGAUAUAACCGAUAUCCAAGCGUCUGGUUGAACAAGACUAUUGCAAUGCACGACCGCUGGUGAGAAAACCGGAUAGAACUUUCCAGAACGAUCGAACCAAGGACGCAGGUUGACAGAACAAGUUCGUCAUGCAUCACACGCUGAUAACUUGGAUCGAGUGAAGAGCUAGUUAACCACUGGACAGAUACUUUAUAAUUGACAACUUUAAUUUAAAAGAUGCAAAUACAUAUGCACUAGCGGUUUUUUUUUAUUUCAUACGUUUUUAAUACGACGGAUAAGCAUCAAACCUUAAACAUCAGUUUAUUAACAAGGAAAUUAUUUUGUGUUCUACGUCUAUAUAUUGAUAUAUGAUGUAUCGCGGAAGUUGAAUGGGGAAGGGCAAUUAUUUUUCCCUUCAAAAUAGUCUUUUAUCUGAAAUUCCUAUUUGGAACAAUGACAAAAAUUAUUGUGAAAUUUGAGCAUAAAGAGAUUAGCUCCUCAGGAUUUAGAUUGCAUUUUAGAUCACCUCUAGUCUGAAAAUUCUGUAUCCCAUAUUAAUUCUAGUAGCAUAUUUAUAU